AUGACGAAAAUUAAUAAUGGUGAAUGGAGAUUAUUAGAAGAAUUAAUUGAAAAGAAAAAUGAACAAGAAUCUCGUAUUAGUGAUACAAAUAUUGCUCAACCACCAUUAUUUGCUAUACAAGUUGCAUUAGCAGCUUUACUUGUUUCUUGGAAUAUUUAUCCAUCAUCUAUAAUAUCACAUAGUGCUGGUGAUCAAGCAGCUGCUUUUGUUGCUGGUCGAUUAACUUUAGGAGAAACUGUUCGUAUUGAACAUUUGGCUUGUAUUGCUGUUGUUAAUAGUCCUCGCUCAGUAACAAUAAGUGCACGUCUUCGUAUUGAAAAUGCAUUUCAUUCAUAUCAAAUAAAUCGAUUUGAUACUGAAAAAGAAAUGCUUUCAUCAUUGAAAGAUAUUCGAGGACUUCCAAUACAAGAUCAAAAACAAAUUUUUGAUCCGAUAUGUGCAAAAGCAAAACUUUAUUCAAGUGUUAUUGGUGAGCAAAUGAAUGAUAAUAUACCAGUUAAUGGUCAAUAUUGGUGGUCAAAUGUGAGACAAGCUAUGAGAUUUUAUGAUGCUAUAGCAGCAAUUAUAAAGGAUGAAGCAGCAAAUGUUUUUCUUGAAAUUUCACCACAUCCAGUUUUAGGUACAUCUAUUCGCGAAUGUUAUGAAUUAACAAAGCAACAACAACAAUCAUUACCACUUAUUCUUCCAACAUUAAAACGAAAAGAAGACGAACAAAUAACAUUACUUACUAGUUUAGCACUAUUUACAACAUCAUCUCAUGUAUGGCAACAAUAUUUUCAUACUCGUCAAAUUUUACCUGUGAAAAAUCAUGAAGAAUAUUUUGAUAAUUUUCCAUCAUAUAAAUUUCAUUUGAGUCCAUGUUGGUAUGAAUCAAAAGAUUCAUCUAUACAACGUCUAGCUAAUCAUAUAUCUACUCAUCCAUUACUGGGUAUUCGUCAAUUAAAUGAACAAACAAAUCAUAAAAUUCAAGAUGCAAUUCUUUUUCCAGCAGUUGUUUAUCUUGAACUUGCAACAGCUGCUUGUCAACAAUUACUAUCAUCAAAAGAAGAUGAUCAACAACAAUCAACAAGUAUUUUUGAAGAUGUUAAAUUUGUUAAAGCACUUAUUUUGAAUGAAACAUGA